AUGGCUCCCAAGAUCGCGAUCGUCUUCUAUUCCACCUGGGGCCACAUUGCAAAGCUUGCUGAGGCCGAACAGAAGGGCAUUGAAGCUGCCGGCGGCAAGGCCGAUAUUUACCAGAUCGCGGAAACUCUGCCCGAGGAGGUCCUGGCGAAGAUGCACGCUGCUCCCAAGCCCAACUACCCCAUUGCUGAGCCUGAAACUCUGCUGGAAUAUGACGGUGUGCUCUUCGGUAUCCCCACUCGCUACGGCAAUUUCCCCGCCCAGUGGAAGACCUUCUUCGACAAGUCGGGUGGCAUUUGGAUGAGCGGCGGUUACUGGGGCAAGUACGCUGGUCUCUUCAUCUCCACUGGCACCCCCGGUGGUGGCCAAGAGAGCACCGCCAUUGCUUCUAUGAGCACUCUGGCCCAUCACGGCUUCAUCUAUGUUCCUUUGGGCUACAAGACCACCUUCGCUCAGCUCACCAACCUCGAUGAGGUCCACGGCGGCAGCCCCUGGGGCGCCGGUACCUUUGCUGCUGGUGAUGGAUCCCGUCAGCCGUCCGCCCUUGAGCUGGCCAUCGCGGAGGCCCAGGGUAAGGCCUUCUACGAGACCGUUGCCAAGGCUCAUCAGUGA